CCGACACGCGAUUCGCGUCGCGCCAAGUCAAUUUUCCCGCGCGAAUUUAAAAAGCGCGUGUUCCAAAUUCAAAUUGCCAGUUCCUUUAGAUCGUUCCGCGGUACACAACAUGCCUAAAAAGAAAUAAAAUAGUUAAUUAAGUCGCGUUUUAAGUUAUUUUAUAAGUUAUUUCAAAACAUGUGCUAAAUUGUGAAUUCGUGUUAAUGACAUUUGUUUAAGUGGCGUAUUGGCGUGUAAAAAUCUGUGAUAGUACAUUGCUGUGAAACUUUGUACCCAGUGCAUAACUUUAACCGUUCGAUUGUAUUCCAGUUUCGUGAAAUUAAAUUUCGCGAAGCGUUCGAUAAUUUUUCUUUAUGAUAGGUCCAUAUAUGAAGUGUCAACAUUUCUACCCCAAACAUUAUGAUUUACAAAUGGAUAUUAUGAUAAGAGUGAAGUGUUGCCAAGAAACUAAAAACCCAAAGUGACGAAGUGCCAUUUGGUGUCUGUAGUGCUACGUUCCGCUGCUCCCUUACCUGUUUAUUAAAUCGUUACCAUGUCGGACAAGACUACAUCGUCGGUCGGUCCGAGAAGUUUCGAGACUAUUUCUGAGGAGGACGGGCAGGAUGGCUCGCCCUGGGACAAGUUGUUAGGAGACGAAAAGAGUGCUGUUCCUAUUAUAAUUAAGACCGAAGCGUCGAGCACGACUUCCAGAAGCGGAGAGGAGGUUUCCCUACAUCCUCAGGCUAUCGACUUGGAGGCCAACAAGCUAACGCGCUCGAAGAGCCUGGUGCAUCAGAGGAGGAACAGCAGCGGGCUUCUGGCAGCCAUCCCGCGGCAGUUGAGGAACUCCUUCUCCUUGAGAGGGGUCCACAGCGAACCGUCCAGCGUCAAAGACGUGCCCACCACACGGAAUGACAGCUCCCUCAACCUUCUACUUAGAUACCGUCAAGCCCGUUAUGCAGCGAGGCGCGUGAGAAAACGCGUCAUCUUCAAACACGGCGAUUGCAACGUCGUGCAAUGGAACGUGGCCAAGCGCAGACGCCGGUACCUCCAGGACAUCUUCACGACCCUCGUGGACGCGCAGUGGCGCUGGACACUGAUGGUGUUCGCUCUCUCCUUCAUCCUCUCCUGGUUGCUGUUUGCGCUGAUCUGGUGGCUCAUCAUCUUCACGCACGGAGACCUAAACCCCCCCGCAAACAACACCGAUCCCAUCAUCCCCUGCCUCAACAACGUCAACACUUUCACCGGCUGCUUCCUGUUCUCCGUCGAAACGCAACACACCAUCGGUUAUGGAUCCAGGACAACGAACGAGGAGUGCCCGGAGGCUAUCUUCGUUAUGUGCCUGCAGAGUAUUGUUGGAGUCUUUAUUCAAGCAUUUAUGGUGGGUCUAAUAUUCGCGAAGCUGGCUCGAGCCAAAAAGCGUAACACAACGCUGUUGUUCUCGAGGAACGCGGUCAUUUGUUUGAGAGACGGCGAAUUCUGUCUCCUAUUCAGAGUGGGUGACAUACGCAAGUCGCAUAUACUCGAAGCGCACAUCCGUGCUCAGAUUAUUCGGAAAAAGAUCACCAGAGAAGGCGAGGUGCUGCCGUUCUACCAGCAAGAGUUGAAAGUCGGUGCCGACGGAGAGGAGGAUCGGCUAAUGUUCAUCUGGCCCAUGACCAUCGUCCACAAGAUCAACGAGAAGUCGCCGCUGUACAAUCUGUCGGCUGCCGAUAUGCUUAGGGAGAGGUUCGAAAUAGUCGUGAUGUUAGAGGGUGUAAUCGAGUCUACGGGGAUGACCACGCAGGCUCGGAGCAGUUUCCUCCCGUCGGAAAUUCUGUGGGGGCACCGUUUUGAGACUAUGGUGACGUUCAGGAAGGACACUGGAGAAUAUGAAGUCGACUACACCAGCUUCAACAACACAUAUGACGUGGACACGCCGCUGUGCUCGGCGAAGCAACUCGACGAGCUAAGGGCGACGGUGUCUACUUCUCAGAAACUAGAUCGUUUGCUCGGCACCAUACCAAAGACCUUCUCCAACGACACCCUGGACCUCAGCUCCGUGGACUCCAUGUCUCUGGACGAGCAUAUAGAGAUCAAGAUCCCCGACGCGAGGGCCAAGGAGAACCGGCUGCUGGCCCAAAACAAUUUCGUACAGAACAUCAAUGAGAAAUCCAGGAACACCAGCCACAAUCACCUAGCCGUAGAGAACGGCCAAGAAUUACCCAAAAAUCAGAAUCAUCAUGAACAUGAAAGCAACAAAAAUGGAGAAGCGAAGGAAGCUCAUAUGCAUAGAAGCCAUAGUCACGCUAGUAUGAAGAAGGUCCAUGGCCUCACGCCAAACGGCGUCGGGCCUGCGCACGGACCCGAAAACAAAAUCGACGAUAUCAACAGAAUAAAGAACCUAUGUCCGCAGAUCGCCAAGCGCGAAUCAGCUGGCGGCGCCCCCCACCAUCCCCAUCCUUGUGACGGAGGCCGACGUGGCCUGACCCCCUCGCAACCCGGAACCCCUGGGAUCCCCGACACCCCCGGGACCCCCUCGUCCCCCGCUGAGACCGCGCAACAGAGAACACCCACGCAGGGGUAAAAACAGAGUCCGCUUCAGCAGCGAUAGUACUGAGAACGUGUGGGUAGAUGGCGCUAUGAGUACUUAAUUUAUCGUCGUGCGUAAUACUAAAGAAGCUACAAGGAUUUUUAAUUCUAUUGUUUCAUUUUCGUGGAUAUAUUAUGGUUACUAUAGAUUUUUAAUUGCAAUUUCGGUUAUUUUGUAGAGGUUCCAUAUUUCUUUCAAAUAACCGAAAAGACAAUCAAAAUCUACUUCUACAGAACCACGAAAACGCUCAAAUUAUGAUGCCGCCAGAAAAAUGGAGCUUUUUUUAUUAUUACGGUAAUUAGAUUGUUCUGUAGCUAUGCACGUUUCAAAGAUACUUUACGAAGAUCACGCAUGAAACGUGUCUUUUUUUAAAUAAUUGUUUAUGAAAUGUAUUUUUUAUCAUUAGUGUUGUAACUUCUUCAGUGUUAUGCUAUGUUACUAAUACUGUGUUUUUAUAAACGCAACCUUUUAGUAUAGGUACAGUGACUUUUCUGUCAUACUUUCCUCUUAAUUUUUGUCUGAUAUGUGCAAAUGCAUCACAGCGUGCCUGUGUAAAAAAUAGUGCCAAGCAAGUCUUCCUCUCUUUUUCCAUUUACAUUAAAAAAACAAUUGUAUACAUACUUGUACAAUUAACGUGAUGACAGUAGCUGGGCUAUAUUAUCUAUCCGUAUUUGCUUAGUGGCUAUAUUGUCUAUGUAUGAGAUGAGUACGAAAGUAACGAGUUCCCUUUUUCCUAUGUUGUAAAUUAGACAAUGUGUGAGUGAAUUUAUUUAAAAAUUUCUAGACCAAGUAUUUAUUCGAAUAAAUGCGUCCAAAAAUUGCGGAGCUAAUUUACAACAAUAGCUUUAAUUUUUUAUGAUAACUAUCAAUCAACUUUUGAUUACUUCUUCGUAAUCAGUAACUUGACUUACGUAAUAUUUAGGUAUUACAUAGUUAGCUGUAGUAUGUGUACAGCCAUCACAUAUCUGAUCCUUAAAUCAUGACCGAUUAAUUCUAGGUAGAGUCAAGGUACUGAUUAUGUUUUCUUAGGUACGUAUAGAUAUACGAGUAAAAUGACAUCACGAUCUGUCUUUUUAUGCGACAUGUAAAUUAAAAAGCUCCGCAGCGUGUUUCAAACGUGUUUGUAGGAAUAAAGUCUGUAUUAAUACUGUCGGUAGUUGAACUAACGAUAGAUGUGUACCUAGGUAAUUGCUGAUUAUUUCAGUUUGUAGUAAAUAUUAGAAAUCCGUUGCAUUACGGUCCAAAAGAUUACAGUAAGUGUGUGAGAUACUUACUUGUUUUUUCGUUUGGAUGGUGGUUUUUAUGAUACUCUUGCAAUCCUGACCUGAUUUAUUAAUAAUAUGUGGUUUAUACUUUGUUAUACACAAAUCAAAACAAACAACUUAUUUCUGGACAAGUAAUUAAUAAAGACUGACAAUAUCUAUUCAUGUCGUGUUACUCAUCAUUGUUGUAGAUGGCGCCACUCAGGGAUAAAAAAUAAAAGUAAUACAAUUUUGUCAUUUUUCGAGUGCACACUAGAGGGUUUUUUUUUUCUCUAAAUAGCGUCACCUAUACAAUAAUGAUGAGGUACACGACGUUAUAUAAUUACCAGACCUACCAGCCUUUAUGACUCGUCUCUUCUAACACUAAGAGUCCCCAGCAAGCUCGGCCGAAUUUCACCUUCCCAUACAAACGGUGUUUCGUUCUCAUUUUAAAACUACGUGUUGGAUUGUACUGAAACUUGCACAUACAAUGACAUGAGGUAUAUCUAGUCCUGUAAUUAGUUUAUACAGCUCCAGUUUAUAAAACAAACGAAAUAGAGCAAAAACAAGUUUUGUAUGAAAAUUUUUAAUUUGCUGUAUUUUUUUUAACUAUGGUAUCUGAUAGUACAUAAACUAAUUACAGGACUAGAUAUACUGUACCCUAUUAUAAGUACAAAGUAAUCUAAAUAGCUAGUCGUUUUAAAAUGAGAGCGUAACUACGUUUGUAUGGGGAACCGAGCUUACUGGGGACUCUUAAAACGUGAAACCGAAGGCUGGAACUCGCGUGUGUUAAACGCGUGACAAGUCCUUAAUCACCAUGAAUACCCUUAAACAAUUGCAAUUCGACACGAAUUCCAUUGACUAUACACUAAGCAGUAGAGCAAGGAAAAAAGAAGAGACUUCGUGUUGUAACACUUAACCUUGAUUGACCAAACCACCAGAAAAAAAUGUUUAGUAGGUCCAAAAUCAGAGCGUUUUUGUCUGUCUACCUACAUUCUUUUGACACAUUUGAUGAAGUGUCUUGACAUUUUUUUAGCUGUCUGGUAGAGUCCUAAAAAUGUAAAUUUAAUAUCACUUGAACACAAAUGUAUCCAAAGAAAUUAGAUGUUCGAACACCCAGAAUAUCUAAGAUAACAUUAAAACGUCUUAUUUAUUAACUUACUCGGGUUAGGACAGUGAAGAGUAACUUUGAAUUUAAAAAGUCUGAUUAGCACAAAUCAGUGGCCCCUGUGAAAUAAAACACAGUGAAAUAAAACAUUGUAUUUAAUGUUAGAUAUGUAAGUUUACUUUUUUUUAUUAUGUAUUAUGUAUUUCAAGUCAAAUUCAGAUGCACAGUUAAUUAUUGGCAGUUUUAACAUGGAAUAAGCAGUCGUAUUCACUAGAUGUGUCUUAAAUGUAAAUCAAGUAAACAUUGGUGAGAAAAUAACGAUUUUUUCAAUUUAUUAUCAUUAUGUAGAUUUGAGAUAUUGUACAUUAAACCUGGGAAUAGUAAAUUAAUAAAAAUUGUAAAUCGCUAGUAUUCGUAAUUAAACUUCAUGGCGUGUUUACAUAUGGUUAAUAACGAUACGACGACGCGACGACUUAUUUUUCAUGUAAAAGAUAAAUAAUACUUGAUUCGCCGGUUAUAAGUCUCGAGUGAUAGCGCCAUCUAGGGAUUUAUAAAAGACCUAGUUCGCUAUUUCGAGAAGGUGACACUCUUUAUUAAUUUAUUACUACUGUGUGGUUUUACGUAACUAAUAAGGAAUCGAACAUGGAAGUGUGAUAACAACUAAUCAAUAAUCUGUAUUUUCGUACAAAGUACGUGUCUGUUAUAUAUUUGCUAGUGAAAUAUACAGCUUUUGUAUUGCCAUUGGGACAAUUUUUAUAAUAUUUAUACAACAUAAGUGUUAGAAAUGCUAUGAUUAGGUGGGGCAAGUGCUCUGCAUGCAUGGGACAAGUGCCUCAGGCUACUUGUAGAACCGUUGCCACAUCUGAUUAUAGCCUUUGUAGUUAUAAAUAUAUAUAUUUAUCAAUAGUAUAAAAUAAAUCACUAUUAUAUUUUUAUAUGGACUGUUGUUAAGGCGAUAGAAUAAUAAUACUGCUUAAUAAUAAUCGUAUCUACGAUGCCAAAAAUAAUGAUAAAAUGUAAUGUAAAGCGCAUACAUAUAAUGUUGCCUAAAUUGUAGUCACAAUUGGAAGUUUAGGAUAAUUUAAAAAGUAUUAUUCUAUUGUCUAUGAGACACAGGGGCCUCCACAGCGCGGGCGCUGUAGCUAUACGCUUGAAUUUGUAUUGCCUUACCUAACCUGAUACCUAGUGUUUAUCAGAAUAGAAAGGUAGGUAUUAUAUACAAUAAUGACAUA